AUGCAUGCCUCGGGGAUCCUCAAGGCAAUUGCCUUGGGAUUAAACCUCGUCGUUGUCAAAGCCUUGACAGAUUGCCCUAGUACACUAUCGUAUUACACAGAUGCCGAUGGUGCUAGAUACGCAACCUGCUCCGGGACUGAUCUACAAGGAACAAGCUCAUUGAUCACCAGUAGUGUCACUACUUCUUCAGCGUGUGCUCAGAUUUGCAGCGCAAAUACCACAUGCACGAAAGCAGUCUAUGACACGACAAACAAGAAGUGCCAUAUCAAAGACACCACGGCAACCUUGACCUGGGUCUCGAAUACACAAUUCAAUGUGAUAUAUAUAAAUAACACCUUUGCUGAAGGCACCAUCAUUGCGCGGUGUCCUUUCACAAAUACCACCUAUACUGGAACGACGGGGACCUUCUCUAUUUGUCCUGAUACUGAUCUCCAGGGUACGAGCGCGUCAAUUGUCGCAAGCAUUGCAAGUCGCGAGGCAUGUGCAAAGCUUUGUGACACAACCAGUGGCUGCACUCAAGCUGUGUACGACAAAACUGGGAAAUAUUGCCACUUGAAGGACUCUACCGGAUUAUUGACUGUAAGCUGGGUAUAUAACAAAAAGUACGAUGUGAUCAACAAGGCUGUUGCAUCGACGCCCGCAACGACUGGCCAGUGGACAGAUUUGAUUCGCUUUCCCAUCAUCCCCGUGGCUGCCUAUAUCGUUCCCGAGGCGCCUGAUACCACUAGGCUGCUGGUCUUUUCGUCUUGGGGCGCGACAACCUUUGGUGGCGCAGGAGGCUACACGCAAUUCGCCGACUACAACUGGAAGACGGGAGCCAUCUCGCAGCGUCAAGUAUCAAACACAAACCAUGACAUGUUUUGUCCAGGAAUGAGCCAGCUUCAAGACGGCCGCCUUGUGAUCACUGGUGGUUCAGAUGCAGAGAAGACGAGCAUUUAUGACCCCAAGACCAAUGCAUUCACGCGUGGACCAGAUAUGAAUGUGAGUGAUUACAACCAAUCUUCAACUACCUUGUCGAAUGGCAAGAUCUUCACUGUGGGCGGCUCAUAUUCUGGUGGUUAUGGCGGCAAGGAUGGAGAGGUCUACGACCCUACGGCCAACACCUGGACUCUCCUAACCGGUGCCGUGCCUGAACCAAUCCUCACGGACGACCAUGAAGGUAUCUGGAGAGAGGACAAUCACGCUUGGCUCUAUGGAUGGAAGAAUGGCUCGGUCUUCCAGGCUGGUCCCUCCAGAACGCAGCACUGGUUCGAUACCGCCGGUAAUGGGUCCGUGGUGCUCGCAGCUACCCGCGAUACUGACGAUGCCAUGUGCGCAAUCAAUGUCAUGUACGAUGUGGGCAAGAUCUUUUCAGCCGGCGGCGCGUCCGACUAUGACAAUAGCGCGGGAUGGACAUCGGCUCACAUCACCACGAUCACUUCCCCGUAUGUCAAUGCUACCGUCGAGCGAGUGGCAGACAUGGCUUAUGCGCGGGCCUUCGGUAAUGGUGUUGUGUUGCCCGAUGGAAACAUCAUUGUGACUGGAGGCCAGAAGACGGCUCAUGUCUUCACCGACACAGACGGGGCCACCGCUGCCGAGCUCUUCAACCCUUACACAAAGACCUGGAAAACACUAGCUAAAGCCGCCGUGGCGCGAAAUUAUCAUAGCGUGUCACUUCUCCUCCCCGAUGGGACUGUCCUCAGCGGAGGUGGCGGACUUUGCUACGUUGGUGCUCCGGGUUCGUCAGACGCCGCCUGUAACAAGGCGGUGGACCACGCCGAUGCCCAGAUAUUCUCGCCGCCGUAUCUCUUCAACUCUGACAAUACCCUGGCCACACGGCCCGUCAUAAGCUCUGUUUCGGCGACUGCAGUCAAGGUCGGCGGCAGUCUGAGCGCGACCAUGAGCUCCUCUACCGCGGGUGUCAAGUUUGCAUUGAUGCGCAUUGGCAGUGUCACUCAUUCUAUCAAUUCUGACCAACGUAGACUACCAAUUUCGACGACUGUUCAAAGUGGCACACAGUACAGCUUCACUCUGGAACAGGAUCCCGGUGUCCUUUUGCCUGGAUACUACUACCUCUUUGCUCUCUCGAGCGCUGGCGUUCCCUCUGUUGCAAAGACAAUACAAGUAACACUAUGA